AUUCGCAGAUUUUACACAUUAUUUUAUAUAAUGUUAACUAUAUUUAACGGAAGUGACGACAACGUUAGUGUUUGAUUAACACAUGUUUAAAUUUUUGAAAAUAAUUUAUUUUAAAUUUACACAAACUAUUUUUCAUUAAAAAGAAGUUCAGGAUAACCUUUGCAUGAUAUUUUCUUGAAUUUAUCAAAACAAUUCUCAAAUUCAAGAAUGUCUUCAUAAAUAUGUAAAUAUACUUCUUGAAUGUAAGUUGUGUAUUUAGAAAGUUUUUCUGAAAUUUGUAAUAAAUUUUGUUGAUUUUUGUAAUAUGCAUAUUUAAUAAAAUAUUACUCAAUACUUAACAUCUUUUGAAAAUUUACGAAUAUGCUUUAAGAUAUAUAUAAUAUUUAUUUAAAUAUCAAAUUUAUGAAAGUUUUCUUCCAAAAACAUUAAGAAAAAUGUUAUAUAUAUAUUUAAGAAUAUUUUAUUAAAUAAACAUAUAAGUCAAAUUUAAUAAGGUAUUCAUAAAGGUCUUUCAAAUACACAUUGAAAAAGUAUUUUUAAUAAAUAAUUUAAGAAAGUUUUCCUAAAUUUUAUGAAGGUAUUAAAUAUAUUUAUCAAUAUUUUUCUAGAUUUUAGAACGUUAUUAUAAUUACUGAAGAAAUUUUUUUUAAAGCCAAAUUCAGAAAUAUAUCAUCAUUCACAUUCAGGUAGGUCUUUCUAACUUUAAAAAAAAAAAAAAUUUUGAAAAUCAAAACAAAAUUUAAAGCUUUCGAAAUAUGUAUUCCAAAAGUAUGUUUUCAUUGUAUGAAUUCUUAUUAUUUUUAAAGCUUUCGAGAUUAUUUUUUAAACCCAAAUUCAGAAAUAUAUCAUCAUACACAUUCAGGAAGGUCUUUCUAACUUUUUUUUUAAAAAAAUUGUUUUGAAAAUCAAAACAAAAUUUAAAGCUUUUCGAAAUAUGUAUUCCAAAAGUAUGCUUUCUAACCUUUGUCUCUCUCAGUUUUGGUGGUGUCCCAGAAACCACUCAGUAAGAAGAUAUGAGUGGCAUAGCCUAGAAUUGUCGGAGCUUACCUGACCAAGAAGCAUCUCCGGAAAUUGCAUCGUUGUUUUACUCCUUCUUUUCUUUUUCGUUCAGAACAAAAAACAGUUAUUCUUUUCUUCAGGAUUUUCAGUUUGAAUUUGGUUAUAAUAAAUUGUUCACCAUGGAACCUGAGGGUCGAAGCGGUGGACUAUCUCUUUUUUAUUUAGAUUCCUUUGAUGUUACAAUUCUUUUUUCCAACAAUCGUAUGAUCGAUAUUGAGACUACCAUAGAGGGACACAAAGUCUACAUUACUUUUGUUUAUGGUGAUCCGGUUAUCAAUUACCGAAAAAACAUAUGGGAAACACUUGACCAGAAUAAGCCUCACCUGUACUGGACCAUGGCUCAUGCUUGGAGAUUUCAAUGAAAUAACCAGCAACCUCGAGAAAAAGGAGGUCGCAAGCGUAAUGAAUCGACCUUCCUGCCUUUCAAGAACAUGCUCGCCAAUUGUGGGAUGAUCGAAUUCCCCUACCUAGGCAACCCUCUCUCUUGGGUAGGCAAUAGAAGCAAUGGCAAAGUUUAAUGUCGGCUGGACCGGGCAGUAGGGAAUGUGGAUUGGCACCAUUGUUCUUCCCACACGAAUGUGGAGUAUCUUCGCCUAUGGGGCUCAGACCAUCGUUCUAUCCUCACACGCUUCCUCUCUGGUAAAAAGACCGGACGAAGAGGCUUUAAGUUUGACUAGAGAUGCAUCGGUAAAGAGGGAUUCCGCGACGCCAUACUGCAUGGUUGGAACGAUCCAACUUUCUUUGAUCGAGACGAUCUCCACGACAGAAUUGAGCUGUGCCGAAAAUUUAUCUCUUGCUGGAAACGGGCAAAUCCUUCCAACACCGCAAAAAAAGAUAAAGGACAUAAAAUCCCAGCUCGAGCAAGCUCAGCUCAAUGAAAACUUCUCAAACGAAGCGAUUUUGAAUCUUAAAUGGAAUAUUUGUGCAGCCUUCCGAAACGAGGAACUUUAUUGGAAGCAGGGACCGAAAUACAAAACUUUUUCACGCCACUACCAAGCAGCGGAGAGCGAGGAACCGUGUCUUAAGGCUACGCCGAUCAAAUGGUACCUGGGCGGACACGGAAGACGACCUGGAACAAGUGGCCACAGGCUAUUUUCAAACUUUGUUCACUUCAUCAAACCCCUCGGAUUUUGAUGAUUCUCUCAGGUACAUUACGGAGAAGGUAACCCUAGCCAUGAAUAAAGCCCAGUACGAAACAAAAUAACAAAGGAUUGCACUGGAUAGCCUGGAAAGAUAUUUGCACUCUUGAGGAUAAAGGUGGACUCGGCUUUCGAGAUCCCAGAAAUUUCAAUCUCGCAUUACUUGCAAAGCAACUUUGGAGGUUAAUCCAACAUCCAUCGUCUCUCCUUGCUAGAGUUUUAAAAGGGAGAUACUUCCGGCUCUCGACCCCUAUGGACGUCGUAUAGGCAAGCUCUCCAUCUUACGUAUGGCGCAGCUUGAUGGCCACUCAGCCACUCUUGAAAGCCGGCCUGAGACUUUCUAUUGGCUCGGGUAACAACACUAUCGUCUGGUCUGACAACUGGAUACCAGACACGAAGCCACAGCCAACCACUCCUUGCGGCCCCUCCUUCAACCCAAACCUCCGCAUCUGUGAUCAGUUUGACUCAACAUCUCAAGGUUGGAACUUACCAAAGCUUCAAAGCUUAAUAUCACAUGACGACAUCCCUCUCAUUCAGAGCCUGAGACUCCCCAGAUCCUCCCGCUCAGAUGGCUACUGCUGGGCUCCCACGAAGUCUGGCGCCUACACCGUCCAGUCCGGGUAUGCUCUCGCGAUGGAAAUGGAUUCAACUCGCGCCCCGCCCCUUGUCUUGGAACCUAGUACCACUAGUCUGAAAGCCAAAGUUUGGUCCAUCAAAACUUCAAGAAAGAUAAAACACUUCAUUUGGAAUGCGUUAUCAGACUGUGUACCGGUUUGUAGUCGUAUCUCCGAUCGCCAUUGUGCUACAGACAGGAACUGCCCUUGCUGCGGACCCGAUAAUGAGACCGUCAACCACCUACUCUUCGUGUGCCCACCUUCUGUUCAGGUAUGGGCCCUUGCCCAUAUUCCUCACUCUUCGGGUCUCUUCCCGAGCACAUCAAACCUAAGCAAUCUCCACCACCUCCUCUGGCGGGCACAAGGACUUGGCAUUCCAUCCUCGAUCCUAGAUAAUGUGCCCUGGAUUCUGUGGUUUUUUUGGAAAGCUAGAAACGAAUGUCUUUUUAACGGGAUAGAAACCCCUCCUCUUGAUACAGUUCAAAUAGCUCUAUCGGAAGCAGACAAUGGGAGGCUAGCGCAAAUUCUACAUACUUCUCCCGGCGAUGAAGUAAACCUCCCACCAAACAGUGCUCAACCCCUCGGCCCCCAAUGCUCGAUUGAUGCCUCAUGGCACCAAGAAGACGCUCUAUUUGGCGGAGGAAUGGUCCUGAAGAACGAGGAUGGGGUCACAACCUUUGGUUCCUUCUCUAGUAACCGAAGCUUAACCCCCUACAUGCCGAGCUUCAUACUCUGUUGUGGGCCAUGAAAUCCUCACUCCAGCUGGGCCAUCUGGAUAUGACCUUUGAGACUGAGUGUCAACAAUUGGGCAAGUUCAUUAAAGAAGAUAAAGAAGAAGACUGGCCAUCCUUAAUGGUCGAAUUUGAAGAGUUUCACGACCUUCAUUUUAUUUUUAACUUUUGUUCUAUUCGUUUAAUCCCUCGUUCAUGUAAUAUCCGAGCCGACAACCUUGCAAAAGGUGCUCGAGCCCGUGGUUCAAUCUUUUCCCAUGUAAACUCUAGAUCCCCUAGCUGGAUGGCUCAAACCAACCACACGGAUCUCAUUUAAUAAAAUAUGGAGCUUUUGAUGCCAAAAAAAAUACAGUAGUUUUAAGGAUUUUCAUUGUUUUUACUUAUGUUUUUCACUUUUUGACAAUGGUCACGACUUGAGAUGAAUAUAUGUGUUUGUUCGAAUAUUAUUCGAGAUUUGUUUGUGAUAUAAUGUAAAAAUCUUGACAUGAAUUAUUUUUAAAAAUAAUUUGUGGACAGAAGGUCCGCAAUCACCAGUAACUAGAACCCAAGGCAAGCGCAGCACGGCGGCAAUAGUGUGUAUGUGUGGUUUACAUAAUGAUGUCUCCUACUUUAUCUUUUGUGUCUCCGUAAGAGCAUCAUUAAUGCGGUCGCUUAACCCCGUUUCUUAAUGUUAUUAGCAAAAAAAAAUUAGGUUAAAUGCAAAUAAAUGUUUCUUAAUUAGGGGCUAGAAGAGACGGUCUUCUGAGACAUGUGUUGCCCAAAGGGCGUUCAUCUCUCUCUCUCUCUCUCUCUCUCUCUCUCUCUCUCUCUCUCUCUCUCUUCUCUCUCUCUCUCUCUCUCUCUCUCUCUCUCUCUCUCUCUCAGGAAUCACUCUGUGUCUCUCUCCCUAAUUGAUCUCUGCGUCUCCUUCUUGCUCUGUAAUCGGCUAUCAGAGAAUUUAGAGGCGUAAAUGAAUGGCGAAGGAGAGGAUGCAUCCAAAGUAAUUCACGUGAAGUUCAUAAAGAAGCUUGACGCUCCGUUCAAAGUUCUGGUCACCUCCUUCGUUAUCCCUUCCAGUGUCACUCGUCUCGGUCUCUCUUCCAUUGUCAACUCUCUUCUCACUCUCGAAAAGCCUGAGCUAUUUGACUUCCUGAUCGAUGGGGAGCUUAUUCCAAUGUCGCUUGAACAGUUUCUUGACGCGAAGGGAAUCUCAGGGGAAAUGACUCUUGAAAUCGAAUACAUAAGGGUUGUGGCAUCAAAGGUGAAGAUUCCGGUUCACUGAAGUCAUCUCUUUAUGUAUAAAGGUUGAUACAGCUGAAUCUGGUGACACUACUACAAGACUUGAUGCUUACAAGAUAUUACGUGGACACAAGGCGUCAGUGGAAAGUGUUACAGCUCAGAAAUAUGGAAGCAAUGUUUGAUGUUUUCCCUUGCGCUUGGCUUGUGUGUUGCAAGUGAAACUACAUUGUCUUCCAUCGCACCCACCUACUGUAUAAUGUAAUUCAGGUUUGCUCGGAUGGGAUUGCACGAUCAAUGUGUGGGAUACCAAUGAGUCUACUUCAGAGUUGUCAGUACCAGGGAAGAAAAGAAAAGGAAAUAAUCAGGCUGAGGAACCUCAGUUAGAGGGAGAGGCGGAGACUACACUUGUUGGACACACACAAUGUGUCUCAUUAGUUGUUUGGCCAGAGCAUGAUGUAGAUUCUUGUUGAUGGGACCAUUCCGUAAGGACAUGGGAUGUUGAGACAGGGAAAGAUUCAUUGAACUUGGUGUAGACACCAUUUUCACCAGUUGAGAACAGUCAGUUGCAAACUCCACCUCUGAGAUAUGAAGGGUCUUCAUGCACUCUAUUUUCCAAAUCAGCGCUUCGCAUUCGGCAUGUAAAAGUGAUAGACUUCUGCGGAUGUUCAUGGCUCCCAUCAUAGUAUCAGUAGAUCCUUCCUUCCUAUAAACCAUCAUUGUCCUCUAAAAAUAUCUUGUUCUUUCCAUGCUCCAUCAAUAUAACACCAAUUGGUACCAUGUAAAAUUUGAUUUUCAGGCAAUUCCGAAAAAACUCGUGUUGAGGGUUCCUUAAUUUGAGCUUCAGUCCACAGAGCACUUUCGAUCUCUUCUUUACUUAGAAUAUCUGGUGGAUCUCGGGUUUUAUUUUUAAAAAUCUUAUCAUUACGAUUUUUCUAAAUAUACUACAAUAUCUAUGGAAAAAGUGUAAAUUUUUUUUAAGAAAUGACAUAUAUAUACUAAAAAAAAUUUCAAUGUGGAAUUUUUUAUUCUCCCGUUAGCUUUAAUAAUAUUUUUUAAUUAAAAUCUUAAAAGACAUUUUGUUUACACUAAUCCAGUAUUUUAUCCAGUACAAUGGACUUCAAAUUUGGUUCCAAUAACUUCUGCCAAGCUCUCGGGUGCUCACCCAUUUUCAGAUUUAAAAUUUGAGUGAAUGUGUAACAUCCCGAGUUGUGAUAUGUGAAAAGGCUAAAGAGAAUUGAUUUGACUACCUAUGUCACCAAAGUUGACUUACCUUUUUCGUCACACAUCCGUUUAGAACUCCAGAGUUAAGCGUGCUUGGGCUGGAGUAGUGGAAGGAUGAGUGACCUAUCGGGAAGUGAUUCGCGAUAACGUGCGAGUGAGGCCAAAGCAUGGAGAAAGGUCGGAUGGUGAUUGUAAGGUCAGUAAACAAUGAUUUCGAGCCUUAGAAAAUUAACGGACCGAUCGCUGGAACAGGAUGGGGCCCACAGGCCGAGAGAGCGGGCAUGGGGGCCAAUUAGCUGUGGGCGGUCGAGGCGUUAUAAGUGGUAUCAGAGCUGGUUAGUCAUCUUAGUUCUGACCUGAGAGCGUCUUGAGACUUGUCGUGGGGCGCAACGAGGACGUUGCGUUCUUUGAGAGUGGGUGAAUUGUAACAUCCCGAGUUGCGAUAUGUGAAAAGGCUUAAGAGAAUUGAUUUGGUUACCUAUGUCACCAAAGUUGACUUUCCUUUUCCGUUACACAUCCGGUUAGAACUCUAGAGUUAAGCGUGCUUGGGCUGGAGUAGUGGAAGGAUGGGUGACCUAUCGGGAAGUGAUUCGCGAUAGCGUGCGAGUGAGGCCAAAGCACGGAGAAAGGCCGGGUGGUGAUUGCAAGGUCAGUAAACAAUGAUUUCGAGCCUUGGAAAAUUAACGGACCGAUCGCUGGAACGGGGACCCACGGUCCGAGAGAGCGGGCGUGAGGGCUCAUUAGCUGUGGGCGAUCGGGGCGUUAUAAGUGGUAUCAGAGCUGGUUUGCCAUCUUAGUUCUGAACUGAGAGGCGUCUUGAGACCUGUCAUGGGGCGAACGAGGACGUUGCGUUCUUUGAGAGUGGGUGAAUUGUAACAUCCCGAGUUGUGAUAUGUGAAAAGGCUUAAGAAAAUUGAUUUUGCUACUUAUGUCACCAAAGUUGCCUUACCUUUUCUGUCACACAUCCGUUUAGAACUCCAGAGUUAAGCGUGCUUGGGCUGGAGUAGUGGAAGGAUGGGUGACCUAUCGGGAAGUGAUUCGCGAUAGUGUGCGAGUGAGGCCAAAGCACAGAAAAAGGUCGGGUGGUGAUUGCAGGGUCAGUAAACAAUGAUUUCGAGCAUUGGAAAAUUAACAGACCGAUCGUUGGAACGGGAUAGAGUGGCCCAUUAGCUGUGGGCGGUCGGGGCGUUAUAGACUGGCCCUGAGUACUUUGUACAAGAUCGACUUAACCAAUCCAUAAAAGAUAUGGGAAAUACCUUCAGGAAUCAUCGUUUCAACCUCUUGAGCAAUACACUUUUUUUCAUAAGAUCCUCUCUUUACGAAAGAAUGAAUCCAGUUUUUCUUACACGAUAUAGAUUAUUUUCUUAAGCCGUAGCUAGAUUAAGAGUUCUCUUUCUUCAUUUCAGGACUUAUACAGUUAAUAUUUUUCACUUUAAAGGUCCAUCUUACAAAACCGAUAUUUUACUAUUCGAAAUAUAAAACAUCUCAUAAGCUUUUACUAUGGUUCUCUGAAAAAUAUUUUUAUCCGAUGAAGUUUUGUGGAUUCUAUAGGUUACAAUUAUAUACUUGAGUGGAAAGUCUACAAGAAGAUGAAGUGCAAAUAGAGAUUGUAGUGUCAAUUUUCUUAUCUUGAAAAAGUCCCUGAUGCUGGUACGUCAAGAAAUGGAUUUGAAAGAGAUAUGCUGACAUACUUCACAAGCUGACUAAUACUAAUGCAUAUGCUAAAGAAGAUCACCAUGAGUGAUGCUUGAGUUCUAAAAUGCACUCAAAACGGGAAAUAUUGUUAGCGCAGAUUUUCAGUGAGUUUUAGAAGUCAAUAUAAAAUGAUAAACUUUCUCAUCCAAAAUGUUGAGAAGUUUGAAUAUCUUAUUGAACGACAUGUACUACGCAAAAAUACUUUCAACAAAAAAUAGAAUUGGAGCUAGAGUGACCAAUUGAAGAUGAGAGAUUAGAAUAGUUGGAUGACGUGAGUGAAGAUGCAGAGUUUUGACUUACAGCUUGUACCAGUUGGAAGUUCAGCAGGAUCUCUUGCAACGAAAUAGAACAAUGGAAGAAUUGAGCUGGAUAUUAGUUGCUGACUUAGAGACUGAAGAUGGAGCCAAAAUACAGGUAAAGUCAGUGCCGGUCCGGAGACAAAUGGCGCUUAAGGCGCAUCCGAAUAAUGUUACCCCGUUACAAAUAUUAUUUUGCUACAUUUUAAAUAUUAUUAAAAAAUUUUAAAUACAGAAUAUUAAUAUUAAUAAAGAAGCUUCUUUUUUUUCUUCUUAUAAAAUUGUUUAUCAAGCUUGGAAAAUCAAGUGUUUUAGUAUGCUCAUACUUUGUUGAUAGUAUAAAUAUUCAACUUAAUAGUUCAUAAAACAUAGCUAAACAUAAUAAUUUUUUUUAGGUUCAUUAUAAGAGAACCAACUACUAAAGUUCAUUUUUUAGUACUCUACGGAAAGCAAGUGUUUGAAUAAAAACAAUCCAUUAUUUUAGAAAAUGUUGACAUUUUAUGCUUUUUGCAACAUUUAUCAAAUAUUGAAGUUCUAUAUAACUUUUUGUCUAUAAAUAAAGAAAAUUACAACUUAGUGAAACCAGGAUAUAAUUAGUUUUAAUUUAUAAAGUUGCAUUACUUUUUUCUAAGAAGUCCAGAGCAUAAACAUAAUUAUUAUAAUUGCGGUUGUUUAGAUUUCAAAAGUUUUAAACAUAUAAGGAAGAUUCUGAUAUUCACGAUGCAUGGCAUUAAUUAGCUUUUUAUUUAAUUAAUAUUAUUAUAUUUUGUUUGAUCAAAAUUUAAUAUUAUUAUAUAUAUACAAUAUUCUAAGUAGAUUUCGACCCUGACACAUUAACUCGAACUCUGGACGGCUGAAUUAAUUAAAUAGUUAUCCCCCACAAAAAGAGUUUAUUCGAACCUUCAUCAUGUAAGUCAAGAAUAUAAUUUUCAAACCACUGCACUAAUAAAAUUUGUUUGUUUCAUGGCGCCCCUAAAACGCUCAUAUCUUUUGGCGCCUAAAACCCAUGCUUUAUGAGCUUUAGAUUAGGACCGGGUCUGGAUAAAGAACUGUUACUUGAAGCCAAGCAACAUAAUACAAAAUUCAUUAGUUUGUAAUUAUUAUUAACCCCAAAUAUCCGGGUUCAAUUCUUCUAUGACACUAUUUCAUCUUAUUUCUGUUACAAAAAAAAAAAGUCACAACAAAAAAGUUUUCCAAAAUACUUUUUGUACAAGAUUUAGAAAUAUCUCAUAAGAAAGAUUAAGAAUAUAUCUUCGUUGGGAAGUUGAUUAGGGUUAUCCACAAAAUAUACGGGAUAUAAAUAGAUUAUGGGGAUAUUUGUAUUGAGCUUAAUAGACAAAAAGAUUUUUGGCGACCAAAAUUUAAUAAAUUGUAUGAUGAGUGAAACACAAAUAACUAAAGAAAAGAUAAUUUUUUGGACUAUGUAUUACAUCAUAUAAACAUUUGAGGCUAGUGUUUUCUUGUUAAGUGAUACUUGUAAACUUACAUUAAAACUCUUAUGUACAUAGUUAUUAAUUUGUAUAUUUUUCUGUUUAUUUAAGUAGUACUUUUUGACGUUGUAUUUAUACUACUUUCUAUAUCAGACAGGUCUUGUACUUUGAGAAUAUAUUUUUGAGUCAUUUGGGUAGAAAACCAUGAAUAGAAAGAUAUUUAGGAAGUCAUGCAGAAAAUAAGUUAAUUAGGUAUUUGGAUGAAGACACCAAAGCAAAGUUACCCUUCUGUCCCCUAGUAACAUCAGCGUAGAAUAGUAAUAGGCAUGCAUUUGUGUAAGUCUAUGCUAGGUGUGUGAGUUAUCAUUAUUUAAAUAUAUAUAUAUAUAUAUUGUAUUAAAUAAUUCAACCCCACGUCGUGGGGAUCCGGAAGAAUACAAACUCCAGGACACCGGAAAAACAUCGAGUAUCUAAAAGAACAACGACAACAAGCCCAUAAAUAAGAACUAAAACUAAAACACAACGACAGCAAGCCCAUAAACAA